CCCUCGUGUCGGACUCCUGACAGCCUUGUCAUUCGCGUGGUUUUUAGAGACGAGCAACUUCAGGAUGGUCGAUGCCAAAGAGCAUGACUCCAGGUUAGGAGGUAGAGGCUCCUCAUUGACAAUGUCUCCCUCGGACUUUCUGGACAAACUAAUGGGCAGAACAUCGGGCUACGAUGCUCGGAUUAGACCAAACUUCAAAGGUCCGCCCGUAAACGUCACCUGCAAUAUUUUUAUCAACAGCUUCGGCUCGGUGACAGAGACCACCAUGGACUACCGGGUGAACAUCUUCCUGCGGCAGCAGUGGAACGACCCGCGGCUGGCCUACAGCGAGUACCCGGACGACUCGCUGGACCUGGACCCCUCCAUGCUGGACUCCAUCUGGAAACCUGACCUUUUCUUUGCCAACGAGAAGGGCGCCAACUUCCACGACGUCACCACUGACAACAAGCUGCUGAGGAUCUUCAAGGAUGGGAACGUGCUCUACAGCAUCCGGCUCACGUUGAUUCUGUCCUGUCCAAUGGACCUGAAGAACUUCCCGAUGGACGUGCAGAGCUGCUCCAUGCAGCUGGAGAGCUUCGGCUACACGAUGAACGACCUGAUCUUCGAGUGGCUCGACCAAGGGCCCGUCCAGGUGGCCGAGGGCCUCACGUUGCCGCAGUUCAUCUUGAAGGACGAGAAGGAGCUGGGCUACUGCACGAAGCACUACAACACCGGCAAAUUCACCUGCAUUGAAGUGAAGUUCCACCUGGAGCGGCAGAUGGGCUACUACCUGAUCCAGAUGUACAUCCCCAGCCUGCUCAUCGUCAUUCUGUCCUGGGUCUCCUUCUGGAUCAACAUGGACGCGGCGCCGGCCCGCGUCGCCCUGGGCAUCACCACAGUGCUCACCAUGACGACGCAGAGUUCGGGUUCCCGUGCCUCCUUGCCCAAGGUGUCCUACGUGAAAGCCAUCGACAUCUGGAUGGCGGUGUGCCUGCUCUUCGUGUUUGCCGCUCUGCUGGAGUACGCGGGGGUUAACUUUGUCUCCAGGCAACAGAAGGAGUUCCUCCGCUUGAGGCGGAGGCAGCGACGGCAUCACAAGGUCGGCAUGGUGACGUCCAGUGUGGAUGAAGACAUGGGGGACAGUCAUCUCAGCUACCCCAGCUAUGGGAUGGGCCACUGUCUGCAGCUGAAGGACAGCACGGGUGCAAAGGGUGUCCCGCCCAACUCCCUGCCCCAACCCACCGUGCCCAAGGACGCGGACACCUCCAGGAGGAAGUUCGUGGACCGGGCUAAGAGGAUCGACACCAUUUCCAGGGCUGCCUUUCCCAUGGCGUUCCUCAUCUUCAACAUCUUUUACUGGAUCACGUACAAGAUCAUCAGACACGAAGACAUUCACAGAGAGUAGCCAGGCUGUCCAGACUGCCGUCUGCCAAACUAACUACUGAAAACCAGAAAAAAACUUUAUGUUCAGUUACUUCUGGGACUCCUCAGCUGAAGGUCAAAUUAAUGCUGCAUGGCUUUUCUUUUUCCAGGAGUAAAUGGGGAGAUUCUUCAUGAAAAAAUAAUCAUGUAUUUGUACAUACAGAAUGAUGUGGCUGUUUAUGAUGCCCGACGGCGUGCGGACACCGGUAAACUGGUUGCAGCCUGGACGAUGUGCGGUAAAAAUGAUGGGCCCGGUUCUCUGAAACGAUACUGCCUUCAUAUUUUCUGGUUUCUUCGCUUUCCUCCACCUAAGCAGCGAGUUCCUCGGCUCGCGGAGAGGCAAGACUCCGAAGGGCAUUUUGUCGGGGAAAGCAGUUUCUCAGAAACAGAAGCAUCUAUUAUAUUUAUACACUGCCACUGACCGGCAUCCUGUCCAGGGUUCAA